UGUCUGAUAACAGAGAUAACACAAUUUGAUGACAAUUUGAACACUUUCCCGACUUUCCGCAACUUUAAUCUUCAAGAACUUUUGAGCGGCAAAGGCAAAAGGUACAGCUUUCGGUAAAGACCCAUUUUGAAAAGGAUAAAAUAACGAACGUUUUUCUGUAUUAAUAUACUGUCAAAACCCCUAAUUUCGGACAGACAUUAGGUAGACAAGAUGGAAUAUUGAACCUGAUUGGACAAUUGAAGACACAAUAGGUAACUGGUGGAGACCGAAUUUUGAGCCACCUCAGUAUCCGUACAUUCCUCCUCAUAUAACUAAACCAAAGGAACACAAGAAAUUAUUUUUAGUGCAACUUGGAGAGAAAGCUCUUUUUGCGGUUCCCAAGAAUUAUAAGUUAGUAGCUGCUCCGUUGUUUGAAUUGUAGUACGAUAAUUCGCAGGGGUACGGUCCUAUUAUUUCUUCUUUGCCUCAAGCAUUAUGCAGGUUCAAUUUUAUUUAUAUGUAAAUAGUGUUUUGUUGAUGUCCUUCAUUCGUGAUGUGACAAAUUGAAGCUAUUUGUCUCAGAAGCUUGUCCAAUAUUAGUAUUUUGAAUUCGUUGUCGACACUUGAAAUAAUUUACGAUCAAUGGUGUCUACGACUCUACUCAAGGAUGGAACUGGGGAUAAAUCGAGCCCAGAAAAAUCUCAUUCGCCGAUUCCAUUUGAUACGCAGGAACUUGAAGAUCUCGUCAAGCAAGAAAUGUUUCAAGCCCAACUUUCACUUUCUGCGCAAUCGGUAGACCGUGAUACUGCGUUGGGAACCAUUCGUGAAAAUGUGUACCAUAAGAACAAACUAGAACUUCAGUUACGAUCGUUAAUUGUAAAAAACACUAUCUUGAAGGCGAAAAAUGAAAAAUUAUCCGAACAAUUAACUGAAGCUAAUAAUAAAAUAAAUACGCUCCCGUUCUUCGAGUUGAAAGAAAAAGAAAUUAUUCCCACGUAUUUGCUCAAUGCGAAUUAUGUAACAAGAGAAGAGCAGUGGUACUUGAGUUUUUUCUACAAGGUUACUACUUUUUCUCGUGUACUACGGGAAAGAGUACCCGAAGAUUUCGAAGUACGAAAACUAUCAAGAGCCAUAAUGAGCCUUUUUAAAGGCUUAUCGGAGAAUGUAUCUCAUAAAGAAGACGCAAUACGGUUAAAUUUAACGGAGAAAUAUUGGCAGUACGUAUUUGAGGUUGCCAACAUCACAGAUGAAAUCGACCAACGUAUCAUUAAAGAAGUAUUCAGACCGGUCUUACAGUCUGAAAUUGACAAUGUUGACGUGGAUGGUAAUUUUUUCCUACAUGCGUCUGCCCUGGAUUUAAAUUUUAAAGAUAAUACGGAAGAUGACGAAAUAAACAAAAUAAAAAAGAAAUGCGGUGAUUUGGCACACCUGAUGAAAAACUUCUACUUCCCGGUUAAUUACACAUCCGAAUACACCAACGACCUUUUCGUUGAAAUAAAUUCCAACGAUGAAGUUGUAAUAACAACUGUGAUGGAAAGGUUAAAAUUACUCGGCUUGAAUCCUAAAAACACGAAAGUCAGAAAAUGUCGAAUAUUUGCGCACAAGUCGAGGAACCAGCGAAACGUGAAUCCUCCAGAUCGCUCACCAAUUUCGGAAAAUCGCACUUAUCAAAGCACUCCACCUAGUUCCCGAUCUGCUCAAAAUUACGUGCCAUCAAAUCGAAGCGAAUCUUCGGGGACCUACACGCAAUCGUAUCAAAACUAUAGUCAAUCCGAUCAAAGCCAUUAUUCUCUAAAUUACGAUCGAUCGCAGCGGACGUACGACGAUACAAAUCGAAGCCAACAUUCACUUUACGGUCGACCCCAGCGUACUUACGAAAAUACAAAUCGAAGCCAAUAUCCACUCAACUACCAUCAACGGCAUCAACCGGAGUACGACUACCAGCAAUUAAAUCAAGGCCAGAAUUCACGCAAUUUCUGUCAGUCGCAUCAACAACAACAACAAUUCGCUCGUGGUCGGCGUGGUCACCAUCAAGCACGCACUGAUGGCUCUUCUGACGCUCAAUACGAAAGAGACCGGAAUUACCGAACCUCAUCUUUCCGGGACCGUUCUCCGCGCUAGGCUGUUUGGACAACGACAAACGACGAAAAUAAAAUUAUUACUUAAAAAUUUUAUUGAAAAAGUUACGAAUCACUUGAUUGGGAAAAAAGUGGAAGUUUAUAAUAUAUGUGUUAAGAAUGGUUGUUAUAUAAAUAAAGUUGGUACAUCUUCCGUUGUACAUGAUCUCAAA